GUUCCGCCUGGCCCCACCCAUCGUCGGCAGAGCGACUCGAUCCCGGAGGCAGCGCAGGGCGGCGGCGGAGGCAGCAGAAGAGAGGAGGCCGGCUGGUUCCGGAGGUGGGGGCACCCGAGAGGCCUGGCUGCGCGGGAGGAGAGGCAGGCGGGCGGGCUGCAAGGAUGCUGGCGCUCUUCAACAAACUGCUGGACUGGUUCCGGGCCCUUUUCUGGAAGGAGGAGAUGGAGCUGACCCUGGUGGGGCUGCAGUACUCCGGGAAGACCACCUUCGUCAACGUGAUCGCGUCGGGGCAGUUCAAUGAAGAUAUGAUCCCAACAGUGGGCUUCAAUAUGAGGAAGAUCACCAAGGGGAAUGUCACCAUAAAGCUCUGGGACAUUGGGGGCCAGCCCCGUUUUCGUAGCAUGUGGGAGCGGUACUGCCGUGGAGUUAGUGCCAUAGUCUAUAUGGUAGAUGCUGCAGAUCUGGAGAAGAUUGAAGCCUCAAAGAAUGAACUCCACAACCUGCUUGAUAAGCCACAGCUCCAGGGCAUUCCUGUCCUAGUUCUUGGGAACAAGCGAGAUCUGCCUGGUGCCUUGGAUGAGAAGGAGCUCAUUGAGAAGAUGAACCUGUCUGCCAUCCAGGACCGAGAGAUCUGUUGCUAUUCAAUCUCUUGCAAAGAAAAGGACAACAUUGACAUCACCCUACAGUGGCUUAUUCAGCACUCAAAGUCCCGGCGAAGCUGAGAACCCUUUGGCCAGAUCUUGGAUCGGGAAGAUGCCAUUGUAAAAGCCCAAACGCACCUCCUUCCUCUUUCCUCCAUCUCCUGCUCUUUCCAUCCCUUUUGCCCACAUCCCUUUCCCUAGAUGGGUAUUUUUAGGGGACCCCAAACUCCUCUUCUGCUGACAUUGAACUCCUGUUUUUAUUGUAAAGAAACUGUCUCCCCCCCCCCCUUCCCUUGCUCCUUACUCUGGUUUUGGCACUGUUCUGUUGUUGUCGGUGUGUGUACAGUAUAUAUAUAUAUAUGUAUAUAUAUUUUAAUUUUUUAAUUUAAGCAAUUAACGCUGUUACUAAAAGGGGCCUGUGAGCUGUCAAAGGGGCAGUGGCAAACAGAAGGGGCAGGGAACUACCUAACACAGUAUUGGGAGUGUUGCAAAGCCACUGGGCAGUUGGGCCCUUGCUAGGAAUGAAGCAUGGCUUUGGAUCCCACAAAAGACCUCCUUCUCUUCUCUCCUGUCUUUCUCCCUCUGUGUCAGAAUCUAAUGCACUCUGCCCCCUCUGCUUCUUUCUCUGCUGCUCCAAGCUGCUCAGUAGUACGGGUGUGGAAUGAGCCCCUGGGAAAGGCUCAGAAAGCAGUAUUGAUCACAUUUAGUCUUCUGGUAUAAGGCUUUAGAGGCAAGUUGGUGUCAUCUCAUUCCCCCGCCCCCUAAAUCCCAGGGGAGUUAAAAAACAUCAUCGUGGUUUCAAGCAACUCACACUAUAUGUCUCCUUCUCAGUUUGUUCCUGAGAUCUCUGAGUUUCAUUGUCUGCCUUUGUCCUGCACCAUCUCCUAUCUGGAGUGGAUUGGGAGCUGUCGAUUUUUACAAGCCUGUUUGUAAGUCUCCCUUCUCUUUCGGGCAGGAGUCUUUCUGUAGGUAUGGGGUCAGCAUCCAAACAGAAGUAUACAGUGUGACACACACACACAUAUACAGUGGUUGUAUAAAGGUACAAUCUCAGUGUAGAGUUUUUGUGUGUGCUACCAAAGAAAUCACAUCUGAAGUGACAGGGCUCAUGAAGACUCUUCCUAGGCCUUCCCCUUGAAAAAAUCCCCAUGUAGAUUUUUCAGCAUAUGGUUAGGGGGAUUGCUUUAUGUACAUGUUCUCCUGGGAUGCUUGGACUCCCCUGAUGUGGAUUAAAGAACAGAAAUGACAGGAGAUGGGAGUGAUGCUCUAUCCAGCUUGCAAGUGUUUUUGCCAUCACAGCCUGGUCUAAGAGCAGUGCUUGGGCCUUUUUGGGCCUUUGUUAAGUCAGUUGAAGAGGAGUGAGGGAACCUUGAUCUUUGGUGUGUGCACACAAGUUUGCAUGAGAAGGUUGUGCUUCACUAUGUGCUGGACAACACAGUGCCAGAGUUUCUAGCUAAGGAGGUCCAUGCAGGCUGACAGAGCUGGCCACUGUCACAUGUUCUCUGUCUGCUCCUCUUGGGAUUUAGAGCAACUGCAGUAGGGUAUCCAGGAAGGGGUUAUGGGAAGGGUCAUCAGGCUUCAUGUGUUGGCCACUUUGUCUCCCUGUUAAGGGCAGCUGAUUAUAGGCCACGUGUGGUCAUGUCUUCCUCUGCCUGGUUUAAGCAACUGACAGGUGUGAGACUGCAGAGCCCUUCCUGCCCUUGCCUGGCUCUUUCCUGCUCAAAGCUGCUUCUGAGGUUGGGAGGUGGCUUUCUAAUUGCAUCUUUUCUUCUCCCCAUCUUUUCUCAUUUUCACAGAUUUGCACAAGGAGAUAUUUUACUUUUUUAUUUAAUGAACUGUAAAGUGUCAUUUAUUCCUUUUUUAAAUAUAUUUUGGCUCAUAUUUUGACCUUCUCUGUUGGGAAAUGAAUCUUGUAACAGUACAUUUUUGCCUCCUAAUAACAAUAAAUUAACAAUUUUGUGUU